UGUAAAUAGUCAUAAAUUCAAGAUGGCGACUUCCACAUCUAAAAUAGUUCAAAUUUUGAGACGUCCAUUAUCAACGAUUUGGAGUUCUAAAGCCUCCUUAGUGAAGACAGUCCCCCAAACUCAGGACUUGGUCAGAUUUCAUUCACAGUUAUCAAGAUUAGUGUAUCUGAAGAGUGGAUUGUCUCUUGGAAGGUGUUUGUUUAGUUAUCCUACAGGCUCAACACUACCAAAAUCCACACUUGUUUCGCAAUGUGCAGGACUGAGUUGUUCACCGUACACAACAUCAAGUCAGCAUACACAACAAGUACAGACUAAUGAGGAUGAACCAGACAAGCUGUAUAAAUGGAUUGAACUCAAGGUCAAAGGUCAUGAAGAUGCUGUUCUGGACAGCUACACUAAGUAUGUGAAUCUUGCUGCUGAUGAACUGGAUAUCCAGAUAGAAAGCAUAGCUAAACCAUUCAGAAACAUUAGGAGACUAACUCUACUGAAGUCAAGACAUGUGUACAAGAAACACAGGGUACAGUAUGAGAUGAGAACGUACUACAGAGUGAUUAAACUGAAGCAUCUAACAGGUUCCACAGCUAGUGUGUUCUUAGAGUACAUUCAAAGAAAUCUACCUGAAGGUGUUGCGAUGCAAGUUAAGAAGUGCUCUAUUGAAAGAUUACCUGCUCAUCUGCAGUCUCCUCCUGAAGAAUUGGAAGAAGACCUUGAGAUGACAUCAUCUUCCUCCUCAUCCUCAUCGGAAUCAGAAGAUGAAUCGCAAGACAAGACAUCAUGAUACUCACCAUCUCUGAAUUGAAAUUCUAGUCUUGUUGCAGAAUCACCACAUAUGGGUGUAUGUAUUUGUGUAUAAUUGAGCUUUUACAGACAUGUAUCAGUCAGAUGUGAUUACUUACAUGUACGUCACCUUCCGAAAGAUGUGACCGGUGCUCGAACCGCUCUACCAAUUUGUAACUUACAAGAAUACAUGUGCAUGCCACUAUGCCCAGUUGUGGAUUGUGAUUUGCUUCAAGACUAGAGACAUAUGUACCUCAGUAAUUAGAGAAUUAUGAUUAUUAUUAUUGCUUUAUACAGGCAAAGCUAGCCCAAGUCUAAUUUCUUUCGAGUAUAGAAAUUGAAAUGGGAAGAUGCCUAUAGCACAUGCGAAAUGCAUGUGCUGGUUUGGAAAAUAUUCUUUGACCGAGGUGAUCAUUUGACUUAUAAGGUCGACCAGUACAUCAUAUUUAUUCACAUAUAUGAAUAUUUUUUUCAAACUGGCUGAGAAAUGGUUUUGAAGGGGGGGGGGGGCUACCAUACAAAGUAUAUCAGUAAAAAAUAAAUAUUUGUUCCAUGUUAUGCUACCUGCUGGUGGUCAGUGUGCCAUAUGUUCUUUAGGAUGGAUCCAGGUGAGGUCUAUUCAUUUCAUGAUUCUAAUUAGAAUAAUGGAAUUGGUAGUAAAGCACUUUAUACAUUCUUAAAAGUGUAAAAAGCACUUUGAAACAUAUUGGAGAUAAAAUGAUGUGUACCAUCAUGGAUUUUUGGGGGAGGGGGCGGUAUG